AUGAUAUCGGACCAGCCAAAGGGAAUCAGCCGACUGAGUAGGCAACAUAUUUUCGGUAUGUGCGCCUCAGCUAGACAGACGAUAAAGUUGAUUCUGCCUUAUUUACGCGUUUCUUCUGCAAAAGUACUUACGCGCAAUCAUCACCUGGUUCACGAUUCCGCUGCCAGCCACUCUGACCUUCUCUUGGCAGAAGUCUUUAGACAAAGCGGCAAGGAUGCUGCUGAGAAGAGUGCAGGAGGGUUGGUUGUCUGGUGA